AUGGCAGAGAUUAUAGCAUUUGAUGAACUGAAGACUGAUUACAAGAAUCCCAUAGACCAAUGUAAUACACUCAAUCCUCUUGUACUUCCAGAGUACCUCAUCCAUGCAUUCUUCUGUGUUAUGUUUCUCUGUGCAGCAGAGUGGCUUACACUGGGUCUCAAUAUGCCUUUGUUGGCUUAUCAUAUUUGGAGGUACAUGAGUAGACCUGUGAUGAGUGGCCCUGGUCUGUAUGAUCCUACAACCAUCAUGAAUGCAGAUAUUUUAGCCUAUUGCCAGAAAGAAGGAUGGUGCAAAUUAGCAUUCUACCUUCUAUCAUUUUUUUACUACCUAUAUGGCAUGAUUUAUGUUCUGGUGAGCUCUUAAGAAGACAUUCAGCAAGCUUUGUUCCAGUUAAGUGCAUGCAAAAGCCACAAAACAUGGAUUCUUUACGGCGAGAACCUCUUCCCAAGAUUAAAUGUGGAAUCUGAUGAUCGCGUUUGCGUUAGAAAACAAUGCCUCCCCUAUUUUUAAGAUAUUUCCACAUUUUAUACUUGUGGAAAGACUGUUUUCUUAUAUUUUACUGGGACACUGAAAUUAAGGAAUCACAUGUAAAUGAAUACAAAGAUGACUGGGUUUUGAAAAGUUUUGACUUUGCACUCCAUAAGGAACAGCCAUAAUCUGCAAGUAGGUGUUCGUUACUGAGUAGCCUUAGUGCACUAGGGAUUUUCUGUAGGCUGGGCUUCGUAGUGGCUCAUUUGGACUUGAGUAUCCCACUCUAAUUAGAAAUAAGCUGUAGCUGCCGAGUGCUUGGGAAGGACUGGAAGUGCUUUGUGUUUCGCCUGUGGGCAACGUUGGUCUUGAGAGAUGACCUCAUGGACA